CUGUAUUCUACUCAGCAUGCGUCUCUUGCUGGCUACUAUAUCAGCCGGGGUGUUGUGGCUUCCCCAGGUGUUGGGGAGGGCCAACACGACUGCGCCGAAUUAUACGGUCGAUGAGCUGUGGAAGUUGGAAACUACCUUCUGGGACAACUUUCUAUAUCCUGCCAAUGUUGAGCAGAUGGAGGCCAUUAAUUCCACCUUGUUUACUCCGGAUGUACAAGGUCGAGUAGACAUCACCCGCGUGUUCAACGGCAGCGAAUUGAACACGGAGUACAUUUUCGGACUGUUUUCGGACCCUGACCAUGUUAGUCUAGUUGGGGUUCCCGUUGACUACAGUAUUACGCAGUUCAUCGCCCAGGGGAAUAUCGCAUCUGCGACCACUGUCGUCACCUUUAAUGCCACCUCGUUCGGUAAUCUGCUGGUACCGGUCACCAUCGACACGUGGAUCAUGUGGGAUUCCAACGGACGCAUUGUGCAAUAUGAUGCCACCUUUCGUUGGUUCGGGUUUCUGCUGGAUACUCUGGUGGAGGCUUUGGCGGAGUCCAUCAACGGCACGACCAGCCAGGCUACGGCAUCACUGACGCAGAUCCUCGCCACGACCAUCUGCGCAACGCAUGAUCAGUACUGCACCGGGGCAAACCAACAAUACGAUAACAAUACGGCUUGCCUCAACUUCCUGACCACGGCGAUCCCGCUCGGCAAGGACUACGAGCUAGGUCGGAACACCCUGUUAUGUCGGGAGGUUCAUGAGCACAUGGUGCAGUAUGAUCCGGCGCUUCACUGUCCACAUAUCGGGCCAACAGGGGGAGAUUAUUGUGUCAAUGAUCAGACCUAUGCACAAAAGGUCCUUCAGAAGUACUUCAACCAGUCAUGGAUUGUGGGCGUGCCCUCAACCGGGGAUAUCUGGCUUGGGGACUGAUGGUGACUGGGAAACCGCUUGCUGGGCCGAUGUUUAUUUAGGGAUAUAGAAUACCCGAGAGAAGGAUAGAUAGG